CCACUCCUGCACACAGGAGGACAGAUCCAGCAUAUCCAGCAGCACAGAACUCAAACUGCUACAGAGAUGCAAAGCUACAGACCCCCAGAGAAUUUCCCCCUGCAUGGAGGCACAGGAGAUGGAACUGUGGUGAUUUCCAUGCCUGAACAUCCUAAAGAUUACAUCGUGUGGUCCAUGGCCUCCCUCUACUUCGGAAACCCGUUCUGCCUGGGGCUGCUGGCCUUUUAUUUCUCAGUUAAGUCCAGAGACCGGAAGAUGGUGGGAGAUCUAACAGGAGCGAAAUCAUACGGAUCUACAGCUUGCUGCAUCAACGGAUGGGCCCUCGGUCUGAUUAUUGUCACCGCAAUAAUCAUCAUCAUCGCGGUGGCUGUGCUUGUGUCAGCCGUGACAAGUUAUGCUCCUAAAUAUUACAGUAAUUACCCAAACAGAUAUUAAACUAGUCUCAUAAUAUAACAAAAAGAAUGUUGUCUCUGUCUCAGCUUUGCUAAGCAAAAGGAUCAUUGUCAGAAUGAAAAGCUUUUCAUGUUGAUCUUUUAUAACUGGAUGCUUUGUCUUGUAAGAAGUAUUUUUUUGUGAACAAAGAGUAAAAUUUCUGUAUGACAACUGAGUAAUUAAAGAGACUCUGUACAUGAAA